AUGGAAACCACUCCGAAGCCUCUUGUCAAAAACGGUUCAUCAACAACAACAACGACGGCACUUACUCUGUCAGUAAUAUCUGCUUAUUGGUCGUUCGAUGGUAAUGCCAAUGAUAUGUAUGGUGUCUACAAUGGCAUAUUGAAUGGCAUCACAUUACCGGUAUAUGGGACUGCGGCAAAUACUUAUUUCGAUUCUGGUCUGUCGAUUAGUUGUUCAUCAGUAUCACAACAAUAUAUAGCCAUAACAAACUACUUUAAUCUGGCCAACCAAAGUUUUACAUUUGAAGCAUGGAUCUAUCCGACUAGUGUAUCAGGCGAUAACGUGCUAAUGAGUCAAUGUACGUGCACUUAUUGCCCAAGUCAAUGUCUGAUUUUGCUUAUCCGAAAUGGUCGUGCUUACAUGGGUUUUAAUUCAAAUGAUUUGCUAGGUACAACUCUAAUUACCACCAGUGCAUGGUACCAUAUUGCUUUCGUUUAUAAUUAUCAAACAUUACAACAAAUUAUCUAUAUCGAUGGAGUUCAGGAUAACUUGCGCUCAAAUGCACAACCGUAUCAGGGCUAUAAUGGAACAUUGUAUUUGGCUCGAUCAGUGCUAACCGGUACCUAUUAUUCAGGGUGGUUAGACAAUGUGGCCUUAACAACUAGAGCGAAAAUAGCUACUGAAAUAUUCAAUGAUGCCACUCAGAUAUUCUACUUUUCGUUUGAUCAACCCAGUCCAUAUUACGAUAAUGGUCCAAAUCGUUUGAACAGUACGAAUCAACAAAAUCUUGUUUCUGCAAUAGGACAUAUCAAUCAAUCUAUCCGAUUUUCAGCCAGUUCAGCCUAUUUUCAAAUGUUUGCGUUUACUUCUAUUGGAUCCCCAAAUACUAAACCGUUUACGUUUGCUGUGUGGAUAAAUCCUACAUCUGUCAAUGGAGGUAUAAUAAUCCAUUGGUCUGGCUCUUCAGCAGGUAACAAUAAUCAACAAGAAUUGCUCGGCUUCACGUAUAGUGGACAGAUUGUUGCCCAACUUUAUCAGAGCAGUUCUGUGAUACCAGUCGUCAGCGGACCCUUCGUAACCGUGAAUACAUGGAACCAUCUAGCAUAUACGUUUAGUACAACAAACGGUGUAACAUUGUACGUAAACGGCGUAUCACAAGGUACAUCAGGCGCUGUCUCAUACUAUUCAAAUGCUGGUGGUGCGGGAAUUUAUAUUACUCUUGGCUAUUCGUUUGGCUACAGCAAUAAUUAUAUAGGAAAUUAUCCAUUUCAAGGCACAAUGGAUGAAUUUUAUGCUUAUAGGCGUGAGUUAAGUUCUUUGGAAAUAGCGAUACUUGCCAAUACAUAA